GAGGCACACCCUGCUGACGGACGGGUAUCGAUGCUCGUGCGCACCGGGCGGCUCCGUUUCUCUGUUUCAUUUAUGAGCGACGACCCGUCGCGGAGGAACCACUGACGGUCAACGUUGAGGACAUGCAAGUGUUUGCCAUGGAGGGAAGGAUUUUUGGUUUGCUUCUGCUGUGUCUGGUGAUGGCGAGCGUCGGUGCCCUCAAAGUGGUGAUCCCGCUGGAGACGUACGAGUUUGCGAGGGGUGACAACAUCACGCUGCCCUGCACCUUUACUACCACGAAACCCGCUGACAGUCUCAAGAUCAUCACAUGGUCUGCUGAGGCUGAGAAAGCGAACGCUAAGGAGACGGUGAUCCUCACCUACUACUCUGACCCCGGAACUACAGACAUCAAGUCCAUGUAUGAAGGCCGCGCACUUCUGGACCUCAACCUUGCCUCCGGAAAGGCCAACCUGAAACUGUCGUCCAUCACUCUAGCGGACAACAAAGUGUUUGAGUGCCGCGUCAUGAUCCCCGGUGAUGACGAGGGCACGCCGGCAGACACCGCACGCUUGGUGGUUCUAGUGGCGCCGUCAAAACCCAUCUGUGAGAUCCAGGGUAAGGCAGAGUACGGCCAGAACAUCAACCUGACCUGCAGGUCUGAGGAAGGCUCCCCACCACCCACCUACAAGUGGGAGAGUCGCGACGUGCGGAACGCGCCUCGUCUCGCGGACCCCCGAACCACCGACAAGGGCGGUAUCCUGUCUCUGUACAAUAUCUCUAAAGAAACAUCCGGAUACUACACCUGCACCUCAAAGAACAAGAUCCGCUCGGCCUCCUGCAACAUCACCCUGUCCGUUAUGCCACCUUCCAUUAACGUUGGUUCCACCACGAUAAUCAUCGUCGUCGUCAUCGCUGUAUUGCUCUUGCUUGCUAUCAUCACCUUUUUCUGCUGCCGCCACCACAAGAAGAAGAAGGAGCGGGAGGCAUACGCCAUGGGAGUCCGCAAGGAAGAGUACGAGGACAAGGAAGAGCCGCCGAGAAAUGGUGAGAGUCGGCGAGCUGAUGGGCAGGAGGACAAUCGCGACAAUUACGAAGAGCGGAGCGAACGCGGCGGCAAUGACGACCGGCGCAGGGAUUACGACGACCGCCGCAGCGAUUACGACGACCGCCGCAGCGACUACGACGACCGCCGCAGCGACUACGACAACCGCCGCAAAGACUACGACGACCGCCGCAGCGACUACUCUGACCGCCGCGACCGCUACCCUGACCAAGACGAGCGUUCCAAUGAUAAUCGUCGUUACGAUGAUGCCCGGCGCUAUGAUGACCGCUAUGAUGAACCGUACGACGACCGCAACAGUGACAGACCACCCGUGCCAAACAAUAAACCACCGAGGAGGGACUACGAUGACUAAGGACCAACCACUGUCCUCCGUCUUCCACUUUACUCAAGGUGUGACCUUAUUGGCUCGAACGACAUUUAAAGGCCUAGCUAUGACAUAAUUGGGUGAAAAUGUGCCAUACGUAUAGGCUACUAAAGAUAAAUAUGAAAUGCAUCACAGUUUUGGUUUGGGUCGUGCAUCACAGUACAGUAUCAUUGGUGUGACUUGAAGUAGCGACGGGGGGGUCAGUUAGCGAAGGACAGGGAACAAAAAAAGUUAUUUGGAAAAGGGUGGGCGGGGUCAACAGUUACAAUCCCUUCAGAAAUAGAAAGAAAUACUUGUGUUCUCACUGAUUUUUUUUUUUACUGUGUUCUCUGUGACAUGAUUAUCUCAGUCUCAGGGAUCUGUGGGUAAAUCUCAGGAUAAACUUCUCCAGCAUCCGACAACUUAUCCUUAUGCCCGCUACGUAACCAGAGCACCACAAAGAGGUGAUCCCGUCUCUGCUUGUGAGGUUAGACUGGUUGUUUGCUGAAUGCCCUCCCCCACUUUGACAAAUGUGGUGGUGUAGUGAGAAGGGACGGGAAUGCUAACAGUAGCAGGAAGAUAGCUAAAAAGAUAACAUUGCUGAUAGCAUCUUUAAUGUCCAGUGUGUAACAAUAACAAAGGGUUUACUGUCAGACCCUGAAUGUACUAACCAUAAAUAUGUUAGUUUAAGUGUAUUAUACGCUAGUUAUAGCUCAGGGUAUAACCCUAACCCUACAUGCUGUACCUCCUCCGUGUCUUAUGGACGUUACACAAUACUGUCGCUAGAGGGCAGUGCCGAGUGACAUGCGUCAACAAACAUGGCGACCAUUGAAGACAGGAACACAAGCGGCGGUGGAAUGUAAGUUAUUCCAUUAAUGGGGAAUAGAGCUUGAUGACGCAUGGUAUGUCCGGCACAACUUUUAACAGCUUGCUUCCGCACCAUCUCAAAACUUUCCACCAUUUUUUAAACCCUUAUACACUCUACAUUGGACUAUUGACUCUUUACUGCCCCCUCACGAUUUCCAGUGGUGUUGCUUCGUUUUGUCCGUCAUCGUGCGACGAGUAUAAAUGGUCAGUGAGCCUUUAAGAACUUGAGCUGCCAUGUUUAAUGUUACAGAAAUGGAGUGGAGGAGUCCUCUGUUUUGUUGCAUUCUCCAGUCUCACCAUUAGAUGUCACUAAUUGUUACACACUGGACCUUUUCCGGUAUAAGCAGCCCAAUACCAUUUGUACCUUUUUGUUGUAAAGCAAAACUCACGCCACAAAAAUAUUUAAAAAAUGAACAAAUAUUUCCCCACCAGAAUCAAUAUUUUUUAUACAAUAUUCCACAUACAGUAUGUGUGUAUGUGUGUGUAAAUACAUGCUAACUGCAGCUCGAUCAGGUUUGGUCACAUUCUGAAGGUGAGACACAAACACUGUGAGUCAGAUGUGCUGCCUGACUGUGUGUUAUUUAGAAAUAAUGUGGAAAUUCACCUUUAACUGAAUGUGAGGCCUACUGACUGUGUGUGUAUGUGUGUGUGUGUGUUUGUGUGUCUUGAUUUUAGAUGGUUUUAGCUGUUGGGUGUCAUGGUGGUAGUGUUCUUUUUUUUUUAUUGUGUAUUUUAAUUUUUAGGAAGCAGUAAUCACGUUGAAGAGACACACCUCAGUUUUCUGUCUUUCUUUAUGCUUGUCAGAAUUAUGGAAUUGUAUACUGCGUUAUUGUAUAGAAACAGGCACUGAACCAUUUAAUGUUCAGUCUUUCUCUAUUUUCUUCCUUAAAAGCUAUUAAGAAACGUAUCUUUAUAGAGAGUUUUGUUGAAUUUUCUGAAAAUAAAAAUCAUAAUAUAAAUGGAUGAAUGGAUGCAGGUCUAGUCAUUGAACAUAUCAAAUAUGUAAUAGAUUAUUCGUCGAUAUUUGGAUAAUAAAGAGUUUUCUUAAAUGUGA